AUGAGUACAGAAACCCAAAUUCAACGCGUAUUUGAACUGGGUGAUAAUGACAAAACCAUUGCAUCCGAAUUAACUAGCUUAUGUAAUUUGUAUUCCUUGACACCCGAUCACCUUAAAUUCAAAUGGGAAGCAUUUGCCCUGAACACUGGUUGUUCCAUCAAGCCUACGUUACCUUAUAUCAAACACUUGAAGAAUGCACUUCAAAGAGAACUUGAUCGAGGUCGCAAGACACGUAAAACCAUCAAGGGCAAAGUAGUUACUAAACGAAGCCAAGCGAUGGAUUUAUCUGAAUAUGGCAUCUCUCAACCGUAUUCAGAGGACAGUGUGGAGAGUUUCAUGUCGACCAUGAUGCAUUCGACAACAAAACCACAUAAAGUAGUCCCCUUGUCCUCUUCUCAUCUAACAGAUACACACAUACAAACCAGAACAACCUUCAGCUAUUCAAUUCAGUCAUUUAGAACCCCCAUCCAAGAGUAUCGCUACAUGUUUGAGAAGAUCAAAGAAAGAGCAGACAUGUUGGAUGAAAGGAUUGAAUACAUCAGCAGUUUGAUCAUACAAGCACAUCAAAUUGAACUUAGUAAUCCUACACGCCCUCAUCAAGAACCUAUUUAUACCUGUGGUCGUAUUUGUUCAGACAGUGAAGACAAAUUAAACGAGACAUCUGUGUUGUUGCAGACAUCUAAGGAUUUAGGCAUGGGAAGACGUGUCAAACUUGAUCUGGCGGGUCUGGAGCAAUAUUCUCUUUUCCCUGGUCAAAUUGUAGGUCUUUAUGGUCGAAAUACGAAUGGAGAGGUCUUUUCAGUCGAGCGUAUAUUACUUCCUCCUUUACCAGAGCCAUGUGCACCUAUGCAGGCAGACAACAGGCCUUUAGAGAUGAUUACAGCAGCAGGUCCAUUUACACUGAAUGAUGAUUUAUCCUUUCAACCUCUAGAAGACUUACUUCAGAUGUGUGCUACACAGAAACCAGAUGUAAUCUUAUUGAUGGGUCCAUUUGUAUCUAGCCAACACCCUCGUAUCUUCAGUGGCAAGAUAGAAACAUUGCCUGAACAGAUAUUUGCAGAUCAAAUCUACAAGCGAUUAGAGCAAGUAUUAGACAUCCUUGUCCAUACCCAUGUUUUGAUGGUCCCUCAUGCAGAUGACGUGACCCAUAUGUAUCCCUUGUUUCCUCAACCAGCAUUACAGGAUAUGAAGCAUCCACGUAUUCAUAUGCUGAGUAAUCCUUCUUUUAUCAGUAUCAAUGACCAUACCAUGGCUAUUGGGAAUAUUGACAUUCUAUUUCGAUUAGCUCGAGAAGAGAUACACAAAAAUACAACGGAUAGAAUGCAUGAACUCUGUUUACAUUUACUACAACAACACACAUAUUAUCCAUUAUUCCCUCAUGCAGUGGGUGAUAGUAUUGAUUCAGGACAACUAGAUCGCAUUCAGUUAUCAAGACGACCUGAUCUAUUGAUAUUACCUUCACAACUAAAGCACUUCACCAAGGUACUAACAUAA